CAUCGUUACAAUCUCAAGGAAGAAGAAAAGAGUUGGUAAGACAUUUCGUGCGAAUCCUCCGUCGAUUACGUGCGUGUGAAAAUCAUAUACAACAUUUUUCUUUUCUUCUUCUCUAUAAAGUUACCUUUCACCUUCUUCCAUCUUCUCCCUAACCAGCUUCAAUCAACCGGUACAGAUCUUCAUUUUUCCAAGGUUUGUAGGCUGUUGGCAAGGAUCUUAUUAGUUGCUUCUGAAAGUUGAAAGAUUGAGAAAUGGCGAUGAAGCAGUGAUUAACCUUUGUAUUGCUUCAAAUACACACCUUCCUCAAUAUGGAACAUGUGCAAAAUCAGCACGUUAUGGAUCAAGACAAAGGCAAUAGGAUAGACAAUGAUAUCAUGACCCGUCGACUGAAGAAUCGAGAAAGGCAACGCAGAUAUAGAGCUCGGAAACGUCUAGAAGAAGAAAUAAAGAAAGCUUCAAUUGCGAAACAACCAAUUCAGACAGGAACAUAUUUUCAACCAAAUGGCAUUGCAAACAAUCCCUUGACUCGGGUGCAUUGUAGCCGAAAUUGGAAGAAGGAAGCAAGAAGUGCUAAUAUAUCUAGAGGGGUAGAAGAAGCCUCUUGUAAUAGUUCCAAUAUGGCUGCAAGAACAUCAACCAGUGAGAGUCAACUGCAGUGCGUACCCUCUAACGUUGAUCCACAAUUAGAAACGCCGUCACACUCGAAGACACCUGCUGAUCAACUCGUCUCUGAAACAGCAAAAAAGGUGUUUGGUCGAAGAAAUUGGAAAGCAGAUGCGAGAAAGAAAAAGAAUUGAAGUGUUGAGUUGAUGUUAUUCUUAUCGUUUUACUAUUGUAGUUGGGGGCUAUCGCUUUUGUUUUCACAUCUGGAAUGAACGUUCAACUGUUGACGAAGACACCCUUUGAAGGACUUUCACAUGAAGCUGAACAAAUUUUGUAUGGAUAGAAUGGGUUGAGCAACAAGGUAGAAGUCUCUUGGGUUGAAGGCGGUCGGAUGCGUUUUCAAAUAUUUGUAAGUUUUGAUGAGUAUUAGUUAAGAGUCAUUCAGUAAAAGAAUAUUUGAGGUGUAGAUAUACAGGUUUAAGCCUGGAGUAUGUCCUUGUUGAAUAUGGAUAUCUCCCAUAUAUUAUUAAUGUUAUAGAGAUUUUUCAUUUUAGUUUUA